AUGGCCUACUUCGCGAUGGCGACUGGUGUUGGCUCGACCGGCCCCGACGGCGCCGACUGGGGUCAUCGCAUCGGCCAGCCCUGGCGCCCGCACCACGCCGGCCGCCCCAUUCCGCCCUCCAAGUCGCCCAAGGACCCCGGCUCUGGCGUCCCCGUCGAGCAGGUCACUGUCUACGCCCGUCAGCACUUCUGGGUGCACGAUGUCGCGCACGCGGCCACAGCCAGCAUUCUGAUCUUCGUCCUCGGCAUUCUCUCGCGCAUGCCCCCCAUCCUGACGCUGACCGGCAUGUUCGCCGCGUUCUUCUCGAGCGUCUCGAUUGCCUUUGCCUCGCUCGUCUCGUCUGGUAACCAGCGCCCGCACCUUGGCAAGCUUCUCGGCUGGGGCCUCAUGAGCGACGCCUGGAUGCUCGUCGUCUUCUGGAUCAUCCUCCUGCCCGGUGUCAAUGCUGUGCGCCGCCGCUCCUCCCGCUCUCAGGGCAUCUACUACAUGCUCGUCGUGCUCAGCUUCAUCUCCUGGGUCGCAUACGCCGUCAACUUCAUCCUCGGCCCCGCUCUCAACGUCUGGAGCGUCAACGUCGAGACCAUCAUCACCGGUGUCGUUGACGUCUUUGGCAUCAUCGGCUUCGUCUACUUCCUCCUCGCUACCUACACCCACGACGACAACGACGACUGCUGGCUCUUCCCUGACUGGUUCGUCGAGGCCGCCGAGGCGUUCGGCAGCGACGGCCGUGGCACCUACGCCGCUGCCGCUUCCGAGUAA